AUGCCAAUAAUUUUUAAAAUCUUAAGAGUCGCUGCGGAAAAAUGCAGUUACAAUGGUCCCUUGUGGAAUAACAUUGGAAUGUGUUUCUUUAGUAAAGGUAAAUAUGUAGCAGCAAUUAGUUGCCUAAAAAAGGCGAUAUAUCUAUGUCCGUUGGAUUGGAAGAUAAAUUUCAAUUUGGGUUUAGUGCAUUACGCAAUGCAACAAUAUGCUUCAGCUUAUCAUUUUUUCUCGUCGGCAGUUAAUCUUAAUCCUCGUUCGUCGAUUGUUUAUAUGGCAUUGGCUGUGAUAUUAACAAGUCUAAAUGAUCCAAUAAAUGCACGCAAAGCAUAUGAGAAGGCGAUUUUACUCGAUAAAAAUUCAACGCCUCAGUUGUACUUGAAUUUUGCGUUAUUUGAAGCAAAGCAAGGUAAUUCCGAUAAAGCAAUGGAAUAUUUGAAACAGUUUGAAAAUAUGAAACGCAAAAAUUUCAUAUUGCCGCAGGUAUGCCAUUGUCUAAAAUCGCUAUUGUCUAAAAAUCAGAAUUGUAGAUAUUCGCAUCGACUUAACUCCGCGCACGUCGUCUAG